AUGGUCUUGGGCCGACGCCUCAUCGUCCCGUUCGCCCUGCUCGGAAACGCCUAUACGGCGUUAGGAGGUCUAGUCCAGAAACCCGACCUCGUCGUGCCACCCGCGUACCGCCCGUAUCGAGAUGUAGUCGUGAAGAUGUUUGAGGACAGUUACGGUGCUUACAAGAAGUAUGCGUGGGGAGAGGAUGAAGUAUACCCUUUGAAGAGAGGUGGAGGAAACACGAGGAACGGAUGGGGUGCAACUAUCGUCGACUCGCUCUCAACCAUGUACAUCAUGGGCCUGGAAGAUCUCUUCCUCGAAGGCGUCGAAUACUCCCAGAACAUCGAUUUCAGCGAAUCGAAGAUUAGGACGGAUAAAGUUAGCGUCUUCGAAACGACGAUCCGGUUCUUGGGAGGUUUGCUCAGCGCUUACGAGCUGAGCGAGGGAAAGCAUCCGGGCCUUUUGGAGAAGGCGACGCAGCUGACGGAUAAGAUGGCUUAUGCGUGGGUCGGGAAUAACAACAUCCCCCACGGAUUCUUGAACUUUACGACCAACGAGCCAUUUAUUGAUCGGACGAAUAUCGCAGAGGCAGGAACUCUCUUGUUGGAAUGGUCCACCCUCUCCAAGUACACGGGCAACAGUACCUACGAGGAACUGACGCUCAGGGCACAGCGACACAUGGCAAGCCUCCCUUCUCCUCUUCCAGGCCUGGCGCCGAUCUGGAUAGACCCCGACAGGGGCGAAUGGAUCGGCGGAUACAUCACAUGGGGCGGCGCAGGCGACAGCUUCUACGAAUACCUCAUCAAGUACCCCCGGCUCUCCAACACCAACGACCUGCUCUUCGCCGACGUCUGGGCGACCGCCGUCGACUCCUCCAUCAAGUAUCUGAUGAAGCGCUCGACUGUGGGCAACUUUACGUAUUUGGCGGACUACGAUUCGAACAGGCAGGUUAGGAAUAUUGGAUCGCAUUUGGCUUGUUUCCAUGGUGGGAACUGGAUUUACGGUGGACGACUCAUUAAUAAUGAGACGAUUGUGAAUUAUGGGCUUGACCUCGUUGAGGGGUGCUGGAAUACCUACAACGGAACACAAACCGGCAUCGGCCCAGAAUCCUUCGGCUACAUCUCCGACGAAGGCGACUACAACGGCGACGGGCCCAUCACCGAGUCCCAACUCUCCCUCUACAACCGCACCGGGUUCUACCCGCGCACCGCCGGGUACAUCCUCCGCCCCGAGGUCCUCGAAUCCAACUUUUACGCCUGGCGCGCAACGGGGGACACCAAGUACCUCGAUCGCGCUGUGCAUGCUGUUGAGGCGUUUAACAAGUAUUUGAGGGUGGAGAGUGGUGGGUAUACCGGCAUUACGGAUGUGAAUCAGUUGUUUGGGCCGAGGUAUGAUUAUACGGAGAGUUUUUGGUAUGCGGAGACGUUGAAGUAUUUGUACCUCACAUUCGACGACCCCACGCACAUCAGCGUAGACGAAUGGGUAUUCAACACCGAAGCCCACCCCUUCAAAGCGCCCCCUCCCAAGACUACGUACAGCAGUGGACCACGCCAGCGCAUCAACCCCGAGCCGUUCGUCCUCAAAGGACACGAGGAGGAUCCUACCUACACCUUCAGCGCGCGAAAGGGCAGCCCUACUAGUGCGAAUAGGUAUAGGGAUACGUUCAACUGA